AUUCUUCUUCUUAUUCUUCUUCAAACCCUCAUCCACUUUCUCUGUUAAUCGCCGGAGGAGACAUUCUCCGGCAACCCUUAAUCAACCCAAUGCCUCCUUGCACCCUCCGGUUCUCCGACACCAACAACGGAGAGCCUCUCUCCAUCUUAACACCUUCUUCGAAAAAGCGAAAACGACCACCCAUGAUUGAGAUCCCAAACAUUCUUCAAGUAACCGAAUCCGCAGCCGCUAAAUUCACUUCCAAAAGCUUUGUCACGAAAUCCGACGGUGUGGUAUCCUCUAGUGGAUUCGGUGUUGGUGUUUGUUCUGUUAAAGGUAGGAAGUCGUUCAUGGAAGAUGCUCAUACUAUCGUUUCUUCGUCGAAUUGCGAAAAGGGAUUUUUCGGGGUUUAUGACGGACACGGUGGAAGCAAGGCGGCGGAGUACGUAUCGAAGAAUCUGCACUCGAAUGUGUUGGAGAUGUUGGAGAAAUGUUCCGAGAAUGCAACAACUGAAGAAGUUGUUAAAGCUGCAUUCAUGAAAACAGAUGAUGAGUUUCUUAAACAGGGAUUAGAAAGUGGUGCUUGCUGUGUCACUGCUCUUAUUAAGGAAAAGGAGCUUUUCGUCUCGAAUUUAGGCGAUUGCAGAGCGGUUAUAUCCAAAAAAGGAAAGGCGGAGUCUUUAACUAUGGAUCACAAAGCAUCACAUGAUGAUGAACGUAAACGGAUACAAGAUAAGGGCGGAUAUGUAGAGCUUCAUCGCGGGACUUGGAGGGUUCAUGGUGUACUAGCUGUGUCAAGAAGCAUAGGUGAUGCUCAUUUGAAAGAUUGGGUUUUGGGUGAACCCGAGACCAAGAUUUUACCGUUGACAGAUGAUUUAGAGUAUCUAAUCUUGGCUUCUGAUGGAUUGUGGGACGAGGUUGGAAAUCAAGAAGCUAUUGAUGUUGUGACGCGAUGCAUGACAAACCUAUCUCCAAAAGUGAAAAAAGUUUAUAGGGUCAAACGAAUGAAACACAGAGAAAAUAGCGAAAAUGAUGAACCACAACACAUGGCUAGACGAGUGGUUAAGACCAGUGAUCAGAACCAGGACCAUGGCUUGACAGCUGAUGGGCUUGUGGGUGCUUGCAAGGAGCUUGUGAACCUUGCUGUAAAGAGAGGUAGUUUAGAUGAUAUUACAGUCAUGAUACUUGACCUUAAAUCUUUCCAAUAACCCGGUCACCCGGAUAAGGGAUUGUGUAUUGACUGACUUGUACAAUUGUGCAUUAAGAGUUUUAGAUUGCGUUACAAUUAGUACUUUAUCCAUUUUUGCUCUUGGGUGUUGUAGUCUAAGAGCUCUCUAUUUUUUUUAUCAUUGUGAAUUCGUGAUA